AUGAAGCCGUACAUCCCCGGUCCCGGAGAGAAGAUCAAAAGCUAUCCCGCUGGCGUUGUUUCAUUCAUCUCUCGAAUGUUGAACUCUUACACAGCUGUUGCUACCCGUGGUCGUGGACUAGUUCCCUUUAUCCACUCCUCUCAGAUGAAACAUCCCCCCAGCUCGCCCCUGACAACGUGCCUGAGCCUGGUUCGGAUGUGCCAGAACCCAUUACCCCGCAACGAGGACGCAGCUGCAGUGAUAAUCCAGCGCGAAAUGGAGAAUAUCACGGCAGUCCGCGAGAGCUACUAUGACAUGUCUCUACUGGCUGCAUUCCAAGCGUAUCUCGUGUACACAGUGGUCCUCUUUUUUCGCCUCAGCCAAACUGGCAACAAUCACCUGCGCCAGGCAAUGAUCAAUCUGCAGGAGCUUGCGCACGCUUCUUGUAGACGAGGACUUGUAUGCGCUGCUGAUCAACACCGGACCCGGCCCAGAUGGGAAGAAUGGAUUGUCACUGAGGCGAAACGUCGAACUUUGUAUGUGAUGUAUCUUUUCGAUAGCAUCCUAUCUGCCCAGGAGGGUCUCCCUACCUAUCUUGGUACCGAGCUGCAUGGGCUCCCUGCACCUGCUGCCAAGUCUCUGUGGCAAGCGCAAGUUCGGGGAGAUUGGGAACGGGAGUAUAACAUCUAUUUGGCGGAGUGGAUGGAGCAGGCUCUCACUAUUGACGAACUCUGGCCAAUUCCUACGGACUUGGACGAAUUUGGCAUUGCGAAGAGACGGGAAAGAGUUGAUCAUUGGCUGGAAAAUAUUGAUGAAUUUGGGACUAUGCUCUAUGCGGUCAUGAGCUGUACGCAUGGUAGUUGA